CACCCUCUAAACACCGAGCUCAGGUACUGCUCUUGUAAACAAUAAUACCGCCGAGGAGAGCGUGCACGACUCUGAGGAGAGCUGAGGACCAAACAAAUGCAAUAUCUCACUGCAUUGGCCAAAAUCGGAUUUAGUCGCAGCACAUUUUAAAGGAAUGGCAUGUCUUAUGGCAGCCUUUUCAGUCAACAAUACUACAGUGACCAACUCCAUCAUAAUGAAUACAAAUGGACCUCCCGAUCUCAUGCUAGACCCUAGAACGGUGUGUGUGUCCAUUGAUGAAAUGAUGUCCAACCCCGUUGGCAGUCAGCAAACACCACUGUUACACGGACACCUGAAGAAAGUCGAGAACAGUCUGACCGAGGCCCAGCGAUUUUCAUAUCUCCCCCGCAGACCCGCAGUCAACAUCCAAUUCAAAGAUCUCUCGUACUCAGUUCCUGAAGGACCAUGGUGGAGAAAAAAAGGUUACAAGACCCUUCUGAAAGGGAUCUCUGGGAACUUCACCAGCGGAGCUUUGGUGGCCAUCAUGGGACCCUCGGGGGCUGGGAAGUCUACAUUAAUGAACAUUCUAGCAGGUUAUAGGGAAACAGGCAUGAAGGGGGAGAUCUUGAUAAAUGGGCAGCCCAGAGAUCUGCGAUCUUUCAGGAAAGUGUCCUGCUACAUCAUGCAGGAUGACAUGUUACUGCCACACCUCACCGUACAGGAAGCCAUGAUGGUAUCAGCUAAUCUCAAACUCCAGGAAAAAGAUGAAGGCAGACGCGAAAUGGUACGGGAAAUCCUGACUGCACUCGGCUUGUUAGAAUGUGCAAAGACACGCACAUCCAACCUGUCCGGAGGCCAGAGGAAGCGUUUGGCCAUCGCCCUGGAGCUCAUCAACAACCCACCCGUCAUGUUUUUUGAUGAGCCCACUAGUGGACUGGACAGCUCCUCCUGCUUCCAGGUGGUCUCGCUGAUGAAGGCUCUUGCUCAGGGUGGACGAACAGUCAUAUGCACAAUUCACCAGCCCAGCGCAAAAGUUUUUGAACUCUUUGAUAAGCUGUAUGUCCUCAGUCAAGGCCAGUGUAUUUACAGAGGAAGAGUAUCAAGCUUAAUCCCGUAUCUCAGAGAACUGGGACUCAACUGUCCCACCUAUCACAACCCUGCAGACUUCGUAAUGGAGGUGGCUUCUGGUGAAUACGGUGACCAGACGGCUCGGCUGGUGAAGGCUGUUCAGGAACAGAAGUGUGAGAAAGACUACAAAAGUGAAAUGAAUGGUAAUGGGGUCCAUAACCCCUUCCUGUGGCACAGAGCAUCUGAUGAGGACUCUUCAUCGUCAGAGGGUUGCCAUAGUUUUUCUGCCAGCUGCUUGACGCAGUUUUGCAUCCUUUUCAAGAGAACUUUUCUUAGCAUCCUGAGAGAUUCGGUGUUGACUCACUUACGCAUCAUGUCUCAUCUUGGGAUUGGAGUUCUGAUUGGUCUGUUAUACCUGGGCAUUGGCAAUGAGGCCAAGAAAGUCCUUAGCAACUCUGGCUUCCUGUUCUUCUCCAUGUUGUUCCUCAUGUUCGCAGCUUUGAUGCCCACCGUUCUCACCUUUCCACUUGAGAUGGGAGUCUUUUUGAGAGAACAUCUAAAUUACUGGUACAGUCUAAAGGCAUACUACUUGGCCAAAACAAUGGCGGACAUCCCGUUUCAGAUUGUGUUCCCAGUGGCUUACUGCAGUAUAGUGUACUGGAUGACAUCUCAACCUUCAGAUGCAGUCCGCUUCAUUCUUUUCCUGGCUUUAGGGACACUCACGUCACUUGUUGCACAGUCCUUGGGACUACUGAUAGGAGCAGCAUCCACAUCAUUACAAGUAGCAACUUUUGUUGGUCCUGUGACAGCCAUCCCCGUGCUGCUCUUUUCAGGUUUCUUUGUCAGUUUUGACACCAUCCCAAAAUACCUCCAAUGGAUCUCAUACAUUUCCUAUGUCAGAUAUGGUUUUGAAGGAGUCAUUCUGUCCAUAUACGGGCUUGACCGUGAGGACCUGCACUGCGACAAAGACGAGACAUGCCACUUCCAGAAGUCAGAAGCCAUUUUGAAGGAGCUGGAUGUUGAGGAUGCAAAGCUGUACUUGGACUUUAUUGUGCUGGGCAUCUUCUUUGUGUCGCUCCGUCUGAUUGCCUACUUCAUCCUCCGAUACAAGAUCAGUGCUGAGAGGUAGACUCGUGGAAGACGUGAUGGAGAGAGUACUGUCGAGACUUUCUUGCUCAGGGAGGGCUAGGCUGAGAAAGCCAAAGCAGAGAGGGUUUGUUCCCUCAAAAAGAAACAUCGCCAUGUUUCCCUACACUGGACAGAAACCUGGGCUGAACCUGAAGUCACAGUAUGUAAAUGCCCAGCUUUUGCAUGCUUUUUAUAAGAAAAUAAAGCACUUAGAACCCAACAGUUUUGGGACUCAACCAAACAUCUGCCAGAUAGACAAAGAAACAUGGCCGCACUGAAGAAAAUUCACAGGAGCAGACAUUCAGCAGUUGACUGAAAAAGUAAUGGGCUAAUUUGUGUGAUCACAUUAGAAAGCAGGAAUCUUUCUCUUGCCCUUGUGAAAACGAAUUGUGCUUAAUUGUAUUGAAUGUGCACAUGUAGUGUACUUGCAGAUAAUAUUAACAAAAUAAAAGCCACUUGAGUGUAGUUAAUAAGAGCACACUUUCAUGACUGCUUCAUAACUUAAACCCACAAAUGAAAUUUCUGUCAUUAAGUUCUCACCCGAACAUUCAUCGAACUCCAGGUUCUACGUCAGAACGCCGGCUCAGUAUUGGCCGGCUCCUGCGUCAGCAUCACACGCAUGUGUCGUGCUGCUCACGUGAUCAGCGUCGGCCAAUACUGAGUCAGCACUCUGACGUAGAACCUGGAAGAGCUGAACGUAAACAGCAGAGGAGAAUAACAGGGGAGAGACGAAUUUGUUGAAUAUUAUUUGAAAAAGUCAUUAUUUAUUUUUAUUUUUUUUGGUGCACAAAAAUUGUUCUCUUUACUUCAUAACAUUAGGGUUGAACCACUGUAGUCACGUUGACUUUUUUAACAAUGUCUUUAGUACUUUUCUGCACCAUGAAUGACAGUAAUUAUGUUGCUUUCUUUUGGGGAUAUAUAUAAAAAAACCACUUGGAUUUCAUCAAAAAUGUCUUAAUUUGUCUUCCGAAGAUGAACAAAGGUCUUACAGGUUUGGAACGACACAAGGGUGAGUAUUUAAUGACAAAAAUAUCAUUUUUGGGUGAACUACCCUUUAAGUACACAUUUAAAAGUCUUAGUUUAAAGUACAUUUUAAGUCAUGUUUUAAUUAUAUUUUGUUUGUAGUGUUAUUUGAUAUUGCAUUUAAAGAAAAUAUAUAUUUUAAAUCCACUAAAUUGCAACUUCAUCAUUACAAAUGUGUCCGUAAAUAUUACAUUCAGUUUAUUAAGUAGGCCUACUCCUUUCAAAAGUAUGCUAAAGUGCACUUUUUUUCCACAAGGGUGCCCAUGUUAAGCAUACUUUUUUUUUUUUUUUUUUUUUUUUUUUGUUCCUGUGUAAUGGUUGGAUGUAAAAGACAAAAAUUAAUUUAACCUGGCAACCUACUCUAUCAAUUCUGUUGGUAAUGGCUGCCUGCUGCUCCUGUAGAAGAAUGAUAACUUAGAAACUUGUGAGUAGGGUGUAACUGGGUUACAAGCCUAUCAGAGAAACAAAUAAAGUGAGCUAAAGGCCCAAGAUGACUGGAGAUCAGAAUGAAAAGGGAAAAAUGCAUCAAAUCCUAAUAGCAUGUCAUUUCUGUGCCACUAGUGUCAUCAAACAGAACUGCAAAAAAUAAUGACUGUUUUCAGAAAGGUUUCUUGAACACUCCUGCUUCUGUCAUUGGCCGAACAAAUCAAUAGUCCCUCCCCCAUCACAAAUGUUGUAAAAGCAACUGGCAUACAAGUAUACAGCCUAGUGUUCGCUUGAUAAUGUGUGAUGUUUUAAUUCACGCUGACAUUUCUGAGUAUUUAAAAUAUCUGGGUUAAUAUGGGAAAGGAAUUUAUUAUAGAAUCGAACAAAUUACAUACAUCACCUUUAAGUCCCCAUACAGCAUGUUUUGAAAAUUGUUCAAUAUAGCUUUAUGACUUUAGUAAUUGUGCACAGUACAUCUGAAAACCAUCCUCAUAUUCAAAUAUGGAUUUUUACAGCUUUUCCAAAAUGCUGGGCUUCUCUUUGUUACUGAAUGAUAUUUUUAAAUGUUCGAAAAGCAAAUUAUUGGACUUCAUCACUAAGUUAACAAUCCCAAAGUUGUCAAACCCUAAAAUGUUUCUCCUACUCUCAGAAAUGUGUUUUAUGAAAGGUUUACAAGUUCACGUUUACUGUUUGAAAUGCCUUUGAUUUUCCUGAAUUAUAGAUUUGAAGCUCAUGUAAGUAAUCAUAGAGGAUCUCACACACUUCAAUGUGGCAUUUAUUAUCUAAACUUGUUUUAUUCACGUUAAAGGGUCAUUGUCAUUAUUCUUUGACAUCUAUGCACAGAUUUCAUGCUUUCUGGUUAUGGGACAAUAAAACAAAAUGAUGUAAUUGCAAGGUCAAUGCAAAAGUGAAAAUGUGACAAAAAUGAAGAAUGUUAUUUAUUAUCUGUGUUCUUUGUAUUAAAUGUCCAUUUUGCAGAUGUUUAGUGACCUCCGAGCUAUAUGUCCCCAUGCAGAGCAUCAUUCACUAAACAUUGCAGGCACAAUGUGAAUACUGAGCUUAACUUAAGUGUUAUGAACAUUAUAAUCAUACCAAACCUUGUCUGUGGACCUUGAUGUGGAAAUUGAUGCAAAUUAUAUUUUAAACCAUCUUAGCUGUAUUACUACUCUGUUGGAAUAUUAUUUCCACUUAGAAUGUAGUGCAUAUUUAUGUUUUUUAAUUAAAUGUAUAUGUUAAUUGUAUAUUUUUUCUUUCUUAUUUAGCUUCCUUCUUUGAAUCUUGCACUUACAGUAUGAACCUUAGAAACAAAAUGAUAGGGAUUGUUAUAUAUAGACAUUCAGUUUCUCUAUUUUGAAAGUUAUGUCACUUUCCAUAUCUGAAAUUGUCUACUAGUUACAAUAUGUUUCUGUUACACAAAUUUAAUGUAACAAUAGUUACAUUUUAAAUAUGAUAAUAAAGAUUUAUUGUUUUCAAA